AUAUAGCUUAACAGUUUGUUAUCGUUUACAAUGUAAGAAGUUUUGCAGGAAGAGAGUAGAUCGAUUUGAACAUGAGUUUCGAAAUACGUUUGAAAGAAGGCUACUUAACGAAGUACAGGAAUGUAUGGCAUGGUUGGAAGAAAUAUUACUUCAAGUUAGAAAGAAGUUAUUUACAUUAUUUUGAGACAAAAUAUACAGCCAAACCAAUUGGCACUGCAACAAGAGGUGAAAUAUCUCAAGUUGCUUUCUCCAAGGACCAUCCUCUAAUUGGUUUUGAGAUUCACCUCAAAUCUGGUGAAAUUUGGCACUUGCAAGCAGCGAAUCAUGAGGAAAGAAUGGAUUGGAUGCGAACAUUAAAGCCAGAUGCAAUUAUUUCUGACCCCUUUAUGGCCAGUACAGCAUCACAGCCUCCAAUUCCAAGUGCGCCCCCUCAAGAACAAAAUCAGUUUCCAACAAAUUAUCAAAGGAUAUAUCCCCGUUUGCAGAACGAAAAUACAAAUAUACCAGUUGGUGCUGGUGCUGCUAAUCUCCCCGCUUCAAUUCCUCCACCGGCUUAUGAUGACAUUAAUUAUAGAUAGCAGAUAUGGAAUAAGUUGGAAAGCAGGGGAACAGGGAAAUGGAGGAACUGGGGAGCAAGAGAACUGGAGAUAGAUUUUGGCAGAGACUGAUGGAAUACUUGUGAACAGUAUUAUAAAUGAGGUCUAAUACAAGCACAGAAAAAAUUCUAAUUUCAUCAGCUGGCACUUAAUUGUCUCAGUGCUAUGAAUAUUCCACUGAAGUCCGAUGAGAUUUAUAAACCUAAGAUCUUUUGGUGUUUGACAAUGCAAAGUGGGUUGCCAUUCACUAAGAAAGGUUCAAAAUUAUGCUUAGAAUGUUUAAAAUCUGUUUAUAGAUUUUUCUGCAUAUUUUAUAGUGUAAAUAAAUAUA